CACAAAUAAGUUCACAAUCCAUCGUCCCAUUACAAUUACCUUAUCAAGAACAACCAGAAAGCUAAUCAUUCAUUUCCAUGGCGAAAGCAACAACAACUCACAUAGCCGUGAUUCCCAGUGCUGGGUUCAGCCAUCUCGUCCCCAUCAUUGAGUUCUCCAAGCGACUCCUUCAUCUCCACUCAGAUUUUCAUGUCACCUGCAUCAUUCCCUCACUUGCAGGCUCUUCUUCUUCUUCCUCCACAUCCUACCUUCAAACUCUUCCUUCAAACAUAAACCCUAUCUUUCUCCCUCCAGUACCCCACCACAAUAUAACUGAUCAAGAUCAAGACAAUAAUCAUCCUGGCCUCCAAGUUCAACGUACUGUGACUCUCUCACUACCCUUCAUUCGCGAAGCAUUAAAGUCCUUGAUGAGUUCUAGUAAUCAUGGCCUUGUAGCUUUAGUUGCUGAUGUUUUCGCCAUGGAAGUUCUAGAAAUUGGUUCAGAACUCAAUAUCUUGUCUUACGUGUACUUCCCUUUAUCUGCUAUGGUUUUAUCUGUCUAUUUUUAUAUCCCCAAGUUGGAAGAGAUUGUUUCUAAUUCUGAGUUCAGAGACUUUCAAGAUCCUAUAAAGAUGCCAGGUUGUGUACCAGUUCAUGGCAGAGAUCUCACAGACUCUGUUCAAGAUCGAAGCAGCCUGGUUUACAAGCAAUUUCUCGAACGUUCCAGAAGAUUCAGUCUUGCAGAUGGAGUUCUGGUCAAUAGUUUUACAGAGUUAGAGACAGAGACAAUAAAAGCCUUACAAGAAGAAAUGAAAGAGAAGAAGAAGCCGAUGAUACAUCCGGUUGGGCCCGUUCUACAUAGCGGGUCGGGCAAGGAUCAAAACGGGUCGGACUGUUUAAGCUGGCUGAACAAUCAACGAGCCAGAUCAGUUCUUUAUGUUUCAUUUGGGAGCGGAGGGACACUGACUCAAGAACAAGUUAAUGAACUAGCUUUAGGGUUAGAACUAAGUGGUGAAAAAUUCUUAUGGGUUGUGAGAUCUCCAAGUAAAGUUGCUAGUGCUGCUUACCUUGAUGAUAAUUCAAAUGAUGAAAAUCCUUUAGAUUUUUUGCCAGAAGGGUUUUUGGAGAGAACAAAAGAGAAAGGUUUUGUAAUUCCUUAUUGGGCACCACAGAUUCAAAUCCUGAAGCAUAGUUCAACCGGUGGGUUCUUGAGUCAUUGUGGUUGGAACUCAGUUCUUGAGAGUAUACAAGAAGGAGUGCCUCUGAUAGCUUGGCCGCUAUUUGCAGAACAGAGGACGAAUGCUGUUUUGCUAACUGAUGGAUUGAAAGUGGCUCUGAGGCUUAAGGUUAACGAAAAUGGCAUAGUGGAAAGGGAAGAGAUUGCUAAAUUGGUGAGGAGUUUGAUGGAAGGUGAAGAAGGUAAGGAGAUUCGCAGGAGAAUGAAGGAUCUAAGUGAUGCUUCUGCUAAUGCUCUCAAAGAAGAUGGUUCUUCUGCAAAAACACUUCGACAUGUGGCACUGAAAUGGAAGAAUUUGUCCGGCACGUAGGACAACAUAUAUUUUUAUUUUUUGGUUUUUGUUGUGUGUGUUUGGUGGUUUAUCACUUUAUUGUUUCUUCUCUGGACCCAAUGAAAUUGGCAAACCGGGUUUGGAGAAAGUUUCAAAUUGAAUAAACAUCUCAAAGGCAUCAUCACGCACUCAUGAGAUUGUCGCUUGUGAUUACAGCUUCACGCAACAAAUAUUCAGAUUA